AUGUUCGUGGGCCUGAGCAGCGACUUCGCCGCGUGGGCCAUCUUCAAGGGCAAGUACCGGGCUGGCGAGGACCGUGCUGAUGCGAGCACGUGGAAGACGCGGCUCCGCUGCGCCCUCAACAAGAGUCCGGACUUCGAGGAGCUGAGCGACCGCAGCCAGACGGCGAGCAGCGAGGCCUUCAAGGUGUACCGCAUUCUGCCCGAGGAGAGCACCACGCGAUGUGACUGUGCCCGCAACAGCGAUGAGAUCAUGCCACCGGAAGAACCUGAACAGAACCAGGAGGUGUCCAUGGCAGUGAUGGAACCGGCGCCCUGGUGCUACAGCCCUGAAAUGCUGCUCAACUACCCAGACUACUCCGUCAUCGACGUGCGGUUCUUCUACAAGGGCGCGCUGGUGAGCGAGCAGUGGGCGUCGCGGCUUUGCCGCGUGGGGCACCGCGCCCCGACGGUGCACGACCCCAGCGUGUACGGCCCCAGCGAGGCCACGCAGCUCCUCUUCCCGCCGCCGGCGUCCGCGCUCGCCGCUCCCGGCGACGCCAGGCAGCGGGCCCACACGGAGACUCUGCUCGCCAACGUGGAGCGUGGCGUGCUGCUGAGCGUGACGAGCGAAGGGCUCUUCGCCCAGCGCCUCUGCCGGGCGCACGUCUUCUGGUCGGGCCCCUGCGCCGAGACGCCGCCCGGAGCCCCCAACAAGAUGGAGAGGGGCCCCCCCGUGCAGCUGUUCAACACGCGGCAGUUCAUGAAAGAAAUGAAUCAGUACGUGACCUGGCACGGUCCGUCACCGCAGUUCGUCACCACUAUCUGCUUCGGCGAGGAAUUCCCCGACAUGGACGGCGCUAAGAAAUACGUCACCGUGCAGGUGGAGGCACGCUUCGCGAGGCUUCUCUACGAGAAGGCCAAGGCAGAGGGCGCCUGCUCCCUGCGCGAGUUCGAGAUCUCCGCUCCCAACAAGGAGGACGAGAUCCUGGACAUCAUCAAGAGUCUGUGCGACAGCAUCGCCAUCUCCUCCUAGCGCCGGAGUCUCCUCUCUCGCCCUCCUGCUCCUCCCUCCC